UUGUUAGCUUGUUAGUUAGAUUUAGUGUAUAUAAUAUGAGUUGUAGAACAUUUGAUAACAGGAAUGAAAGAGGAUGAAGUUCAAAACUUCUUUAUGGUAUCAGAGCUAUCUGCUCUAACGAGCAACUGAUCCAUGGCGUCUUCCCUUUCUUCUUCUUUUCCUUCGAAUCUCACUUUACUAAUCUCUAAUUUGUCAUCCUUUAUAACUGUCAAGCUUGAUGGCACAAAUUUCAUCAUUUGGCAGUCUCAGCUCUCCAAUAUUCUCCAAGCAACCAAUCUUCUUGGUUAUGUUGAUGGCUCAGUCACAUGUCCUUCCUUUACGAUCAUUGAUUCAACAGGUAGUUCGAUUCCUAAUCCAGAAUUUCUUCAAUGGACCAUGAUUGAUGCACAUCUGCUCAGUUGCAUCACUUCAACUCUUACACCAUUGAUCUAUGCAUCUGUUCUUCAAUUUCAUCACUAUUAUGAGGUAUGCACAUCUCUGCACAAACGAUUUACCACUCUAUCUCGUUCACAUGUACAUCAACUGAAAAAUAAAUUGAAUAGUGUUACUAAGAAAUCUGAUACAAUGGAAAAAUAUUUGUCCAAAAUCAAGGCCAUAGUUAGUCAGUUAGCUUUGGCUUCUGUCAUCAUUGAUGAUGAAGAUCUAGUCCUCAUUACUCUGAAUGGUCUUCCUUCUGAGUAUGAUGCUUUUUCACCUACAAUUCGUGCUCGACCAGAAGUGAUUACUAUGGAUAAUCUCUCUUCCUUACUAUGUUCUGAUGCUCUUCAUUUAGACUCUAAGAAUAAAAUAUCUACAGAACCAACUGUAGCUUUUUCUACAGUUAAAGGAUUUGAUAAUGCCAGAACUAAGUCUUUUAAUCAAUCUCGUGGUCGAUUUUAUUCUAGAGAAGGACGUGGUGGCCGUAAUCAAGGAUCCUACAGAGCAUAAGAAUACAGAGGAUAUGGAGGAUCUUACAGAGGUUCUGGUGGAAGAUUUCCUUCAUCUCGAGGUCAAUGAAGAGUUUCUAAUCAGUUUUGUCAGAUUUGUGGUGGCUCUAGUCAUUUAGCUGUAGACUGUUGGCAUCGUAUGGAUCCACGAUUUCAGUCUUUGUCCCAGUCACAAUCACAAUUUCCGUCUCAGUCUCUGCCAACACACAAUUUCAGUUCAUCAUAACAACCAAGAGCUUUUGUCACUGCCUCACAUGCUUCAAGUUCUCCAUCAUCAUCUUCUACUUCAUGUCCUUGGUACUUGGAUUAUGUAGCUACAGACCACAUGACAAAUGAUCUUAGCCAUCUCAAUUGUUAUCAGCCCUAUCAAGGCUCCAAGCAGAUUACUAUAGGAGAUGGUAAUUCUAUUCCUAUUCAACACAGUAGUAAAGGUCUUCUUCCCACACCUUAUCAUCUUUUAAAGCUUAACAAUGUGCUUCAUACAGAUUCUUUAUCAUCCAAUCUUAUCUAUGUUCGAAAAUUGGCUCAGGAUAACAAUUGCAUUAUCAGCUUUGAUGAUACUCAUUUUGUGAUUCAGGACAAGUUUAUGAAGAGAAUUCUUCACAAAGGCUCUAAUCUUCAUGACUUGUACCAUUUCUUUUCCACUACGGCUUCACCUGCUUCUACUCCUAUUACUGUAGCAUCACACGCCAAUUUUGCUUCACAAGUGCAUUCUAGUUCCUCUACUAUUGCUAGUACUUUCUGGCAUCAUAGAUUAGGUCAUCCUAGUAGCUUGAAAUUCAAGCAUCUUAGGCCUUAUUUACAUCUUAAAAAUUCUGCUUCAAUCCAUCUUCAAGACUAUGUUGAUUGUUGUGUUGCAAAGAAUCAUCGAUUACCUUUUUCAUUGUCUAAUUCCACUGUCAAUAAACCUCUUGCUUUAAUCCAUAGUGAUGUUUGGGGUCCCUUUUCUUCCACUUCUGGUUACAAAUAUUAUGUUCUCUUUGUGGAUGAUUUUAGUAGAUUCACUUGAUUGUAUCCUUUAGCUUACAAGAGUGAAGUGUAUGAUAAGUUUCUUGAGUUUAAAUCUUAUGCAGAAAAACAAUUUUCUACCUCUCUACAGAUUCUUAGAGCUGAUGGUGGCAUAGAGUUUUUUAAUAAUAAAAUGAAGCAGCUCACUGUGGCUCAAGGUAUUGUUCAUCAACACUCAUGUCCCUAUACACCAUCUCAGAAUGGUAUUGGUAAAAGAAAGCAAAGACACCUGACUGAGAUGGCCAUUGCUUUACUUCAUCACUCAUGUGUUCCUCUCCAUUACUGGUUUGAUGCCAUUGCUUGUGCCACUUAUCUUAUUAAUCGAUUGCCUUCUUCCAAAGUGGCCUACAAGACUCCUUUUGAAAUUCUCUUUCACAACAUCCCAGAUUUUUCUAUUCUUAUAAUGUUUGGUUGUUAGUGUUUCCCUUGGCUUAAACCUUACAUCUCUACAAAAUUGCAGCCUAAAUCUAUUGAAUGUGUGUUUUUAGGCUAUCAUUCAUUUGCUAAGGGUUAUAGGUGCCCAAAACUGGGACCAUUUAUCUUUCUAGGCAUGUGGUGUUCAAUGAGCAAAUAUUUCCUUUUGCUCACUUGUCUUCUUCUUCUUCCUCAUCUCAGUUGCCUUGUCUUCAAUCUUUCUUCUGGGCUUCUCCAUCUCAUGCUCCGUCUUCUUCUUCAACUCCUCCUUUCUCUUCUCCUCCAUCUUCUUCUUCUCAUCUCAGCAGUACACCUGCUAUCUCUGUUAGUCCUUCUUCAUCUCAGCCUUAUUUUCCUUCUAUUACUUCUCCAUUUCAGCCUUUUAUUCCUAUUCACUCUAUCUCUAUUCAAUUACCUAUUCCUGCUCCCUUUAGUUCUAUCCCCUUUGUUCCUCCUGUCACUAACUGCCAUCCUAUGGUUACUAGAUCUAAAACAGCCUUGCCCACUGUUAAGACAUCUCCUAAUAUUGAGCUUCCCACUCAUAUGGAAGCAUUGCUUACACUUCUUUGGAAACAAGCUAUGAUAGAAAAGUUUCAAGCUUUACAAAACCAAAAGACUUGGUCUCUGGUUUCACUUCCUCCUGGCAAGACUGCCAUAGGUUGUAAGUGGGUGUUCAAAAUCAAACGCAAUUCUGAUUGGACAAUUGCUAGGCAUAAAGCCAAAUUGGUAGCAAAGGGCUAUCUCCAACAAGAGGAAUUAAUUUUCAGGAAACAUUUAGCCCAGUUGCUAAAUUACCAACCAUUCGAAUUCUUUUAUGUCUUGCUCUUCAUCACCAUUGGCCUAUUAAGCAAUUAGACAUCUCUAAUGUUUUCCUUCAUGGGGUCUUAGAGGUGGAGGUCUACAUGAUCCAACCACCAGGGUUUGAACUGUCUACUAAUGCCCAGUCUAUUUACAAGCUCCAUAACGCUUUGUAUGGCCUUAAACAAGCACCCAGAGCAUGGUACUCCACCUUCUCUUGUUUCCUCCUUUCUCAAGGGUUCAAGAACAGCAAAUGUGACUCCUCUGGCUUUAUUAAAAAGACUGGUUCUAUCUUUCUUGCCUUAUUAGUCUAUGUUGAUGAUAUAUUGGUCACUGGUAAUGCUGCUCAUCAUAUUCAAGAUCUUGUUACUCAAAUGCAUCAAGCCUUUUCUAUGAAAGAGCUUCGUUCUAUUUCCUAUUUUCUUGGCAUCUCAGUUGCUACUUCUAGUUCCACCACUGUUCUAUCUCAAAAGAAGUAUGCUCAGGACAUACUUACUAAAGCUGGCAUGUUGGAUUGCAAGGCUUGCUCCUCUCCUAUCUCUGCCAAGCCUGGUUUACCACCAAAUUCAAAUCUUCCCUUUGACAAUCCAUCUGUCUAUAGAAGCAUAGUUGGAGCAUUACAAUAUUUAACCAUUACCAGACCUGAUCUCUCAUUUGCAGUGAAUCAAUUGUGUCAACAUAUGCAUAAUUCCACUGUUGGUCACUAUGUUGGUGUUAAAAGAUUACUUCGGUUCAUUAAAGGCACCAUCUCUCCUGGUCUUACUUACACACCCAGCUCCUUUGAUCUUCAUGCCUACUCAGAUUCCAAUUGGGCUGGCGAUGCAAUUGACAGAAAAUCUACAACAUCCUAUUGUGUAUUUUUAGGUUCCAACCUCAUCUCUUGGUCCUCUAAAAAGCAAGCCACUGUAUCUAGAUCAUCUACUGAAGCAAAGUAUAGAUCUUUAGCUCAUACAGCUGCAGAGCUUGCUUGGAUUGGUAUGUUACUUCAGGAUUUUUGUAUUGUCCCUCCUACAGUUCCUCUACUUUACUGUGACAAUGUUUCUGCCAUUGCUCUGGCUUCUAAUCCAGUGUUCCCUUCCAAAUCUAAACAUAUUGAAGUCGAUUGUCACUUUGUUAGAGAUCAAGUGCUGGCUAAUGCCUGAUGUAUGGUGUCAAUAAUUCUGUAAAAUCUUUGUCCAUCAUGUGACUAACCCCCUCCCUGACACGUGCCCAAACGCUACUAGGCCUAGACCAGGACUAGCUGCUCCGACUCCUCAUUGGGCCUGUUGUUGGGCGUUAUCCACGUGAUUGUUUGGGGAGCUUAAUACAACCGUGGGUUGGACUUCUCUAAGCCAUGAGUUGCGCCUCCUGAACAAUCCCAUCAAAGAAUAAAGUUAUACAUAAUAAAAAAGAAUUAAAUGAUAAUAUUAAUGAUCCAGUAUCACUAUUUUAAUAACAAUAAAAAAAAUCAAUGACAGAGGGGAUUAGCAGCACCCAUCAACUGCUAGACCACUUACUUUAGUUGCACAAUAUUUGAGAAAAUGCUAGACAGCACGCCAAACUUGACCCAUUUUUCUAGCCGCUUGAGCUAUGUAUUGAUGCGGCAAAUACAUAGUUAUGGAGCCUACUGUGAGUGCGUUUGAUGCAAAUCCACCUUGCCAUCGUAAACAUCAUGAACCAGAUGAGACUGAUGGAAUCUGAUGGGAGUUCAGAGAUCAAACAAGUUGAACAAAGCAGUAGUGAUAAGACAGACUCAUCAGCGAAGGAAAGGGAAAUUGCAGCAAGAAAAGGAGGAAGAACAUGGCCUCCACUUAGGUCAAGUUUGGCAAAUUAAAAAAAAAA